CCUCACAACACAUACAUCUUCAUAUCCUUCCCUCUCACCUUUUUCUUCCUUCUUAUUCACAUCACCACACCACACACAAACUCAUCUUCUCACACUUCCAUUCCAUUCCUUACACUCCUCUUCAUUCUUCAGCUCCGAUCCCUCCUUAAUUAAUGCAGUAAUAAUAUAUGCACUACUCUCCCAUGAAAAUCAUCCAUCUCAUACAAGAUCAACAACGUAACCCAAGAGCCCGUCUUUAAUUUAUUUAUUAUUAUUGCUCGGCCCUCCGCAUUUUCGUGAUAUAUGGCUUUUUCUUCUCUGCACAUCUGCAUGGACUCACCAGAUCACUGGUUCCAGGGAACAGUUCACGACGAGGUCUCCGGCGGCAGCGGCAGCGGUGGCAUGGAUUCUUCUGGCUCGCCAUUAUCCUCCUCCGGCGACAUUAUGAAAUGCUCGGCAAGGCCAAUGAUGGAGAGAAGAAUGAGACCCCCGCACGACCAAGCCCUCAAGUGCCCUCGCUGCGAUUCAACCCACACCAAAUUCUGUUACUACAACAACUACAGCCUCUCUCAGCCCCGCUAUUUCUGCAAGACCUGCAGAAGGUACUGGACUAAAGGCGGCACCCUCCGCAACAUCCCCGUCGGCGGCGGCUGCCGGAAAAACAAGAAACUCUCCUCCAAUUCCAAGAAACACCACCAAUCCAACAACAACAAUAAUAAUGAUCUUCAUACUUCUCAUAAUAACAACCAAUCACAUUCUUAUUCUACUUGCCCUAAAGAUCUUCAGCUUUCUUUCCCCGAUGUCCAAUUUUCUCACCUCAGUAACAUUAUUCUUGGUGGUAACGUUAACCCUAAUAAUAGUAGCUUCAUGGAGAGCAAGUUCCACGUUGGCAUGCUUGAGAACAAUCUUGUUAGGCCAAUCGAUUUCAUGGAGAACAAGCUUGAAGGCAUAAUUGGGAGUGGUAUUAAUAGUUCUAGAAGCUUUGAUUUCUUUGGGAAUAAUAAUAGUAAUGGCGGCUGCGACGAGAACAGCAAUAACAACAUCAACAUGAUGAUGCUUGGUAUGGCUAAUAAUGUUGGAUUGGGACCUAACAAUUUUCAUGCACUUAAUUGCUCUCCAAUUGCAUCAUUUGGCGGCAUGUCAUCACUUAAUGGCGGCGGUUGCGGCAACAGCAGUGUCAACAACAUUGGAUCAUGGUUGUUCUGAUGCAGGAAAAGACUCAUUUGGGUACCUCCAUAGUCAUGGAUCAUGGUCUGGCAUGAUCAACGGCUAUGGUUCCUCCACAACAAACCCUUUGGUUUAAUAAUCUAUGUAUUUAUCGCUUUAUCAUGAAAAAGAUAGAGUAUGAUUUUCACUUUUAGUAUAAAUCAUACUGUAUUACAUAAUGAUAAAAUGAUAAAUAUAUAUA